GGCAGAGGAGCUGACAGUACUGCUGAGACAGCACUCUGUGGGCGAUUGUUCAGGGCAUACUGGAGGCGGGAGGGAGAUCCACAUAUCUCAGCCCCGCCGGCGUCUGCUUCAUUCCCUGCUGUGAAGAAAUCCCCGCACGUGCGCUUGCAACUGCACAGGGCCAGCUGAGAUGUAAGGCACGGUAAAGGCUUUCCCCACUACGCUUGCGGCUCUGAAGGACAAUGCUGGACAGAUUAACAAAAUCAAUAUGAGGUAGCAAUCACAGAGAGGUUUCUGUCUUCAGCGGUGUGAAAUGAAACAGGGUCAAAUGCAUUGGUGGUGCAACGGAAGGGAGUAAAGACACAGCUGGGAUGGACUUGGCCGGAGCUGGCUGUUAGGCUGAGGAAGAGGUCCCCUGACGAAGCCCUGAUUCUCCAUCCAAAACUCAACAGCUCUGUGCGGUAAAAACCCUGUAGGACAGUUAUUUCUGUAAGAGCAAGUGUCCUAAACCUUUAACGUUGCAGGAUAGGAACAUGAAAUCUCCAGAAUAACUCUCCCCUUAUGCAGAUAACUGGCUGAAAAAUAUUUCCAGAGUAAAACUGCUUAAGAUACAGUGCAUGUAAAAUGCUUCCUUGGUCUUGUGUUUCAGCCUUUGGAGCCCUCCACCGAGUCCCUCCAUGUCUGUAGCCACCAAGCAUUUUUCUCAUCAUGAGUUCUGAGUUAAAUGUUCCAGUGGAUCCUUCCACUCCUGCUUGCUGCUCUGAACCUGGCACAAAAGGCAUGGAUUAUCGGGACUGGGUCCGGCGCAGCUAUCUGGAAUUGGUCACAUCAAACCACCACUCCGUUCAAGCCCUUUCAUGGAGAAAACUGUACCUGAGCCGAGCCAAACUGAAAGCUUCCAGCAGAACCUCUGCUCUGCUCUCUGGAUUUGCAAUGGUUGCCAUGGUGGAGGUGCAGCUGGAGGUACAGUACAAGUACCCCCAGAUGCUGCUGAUUGCUUUCAGUGCCUGCACAACAGUGCUCGUGGCAGUUCAUCUCUUUGCCCUUCUCAUCAGCACCUGCAUUCUGCCUAACGUGGAAGCAGUGAGCAACAUCCACAACCUGAACUCCAUCAGUGAGUCCCCGCAUGAGCGCAUGCAUCCGUACAUCGAGCUGGCGUGGGGCUUCUCCACCGUCUUGGGGAUCCUCCUUUUCCUUGCGGAAGUUGUGCUUCUGUGCUGGAUAAAAUUUCUGCCUGUGGGCUCCAUCCCGAAAAAUGAGACCACCAACGUUGAGAAGCCCAGCGGCCAUGCAGGUUGGCAGUCAGCGCUGGUCUCCACCAUCAUCAUGGUCCCAGUGGGUCUGAUUUUUGUCGUCUUCACCAUUCACUUCUACCGCUCUUUGGUGCGGCACAAAACGGAGCGCCACAACCGAGAGAUCGAAGAGCUUCACAAACUGAAAGUGCAGUUAGAUGGGCAUGACAGAGGCAUGCAGGUAGUGUGACAGAGGCAGAGGCUGCUUCCAGCAAAUCUGCUCAGCUGAGGCUAAGAGCAAAAUACCUGUUUUGCUAGUUGAUGAGACGCACCAGUGAUGGAUUGUCUUGAGGCUUAAAUAUGUAAAUGCUAAUUGCCUGCCAUAUAUAGCUGUGGGUUCUAGGGCUGUUUCAGAUGCUGAGGUCUCUGGCCUGUUUCUGGUCCUACACACUUGCGUACUUAAGUUGACACUGUCAUGGAGUUCAAGAUCAAAACUUUAUCUACCUUAACAUUGUUUCAGGUAGCCAAAAAUCUGUAUUUUUUACAAAGGCAAUAUUCUGUUGCCAAAAGUAAAACUGCAUCAGCUGUCCAAAAAGCCAGUGUGUGUGUGUGUAGGACCUGUCUUAUGUGUCAGAACUCCCUGGCUGUCAGUGCAGCAGCAAUUAACUGGCAGCUCGUUUCUAGAGCUGAGCUGGUUAAUGUGGGUAUCUGCAACUGACUUGAGGAUGUCCAGGAAAGCGCAAUAGAAAUGGCAAGUGUUGAUCACCUUUGUUCCAAAGCAAGUAUUCCAUAAAUACAUAACCAGAAAGAAAUCAGCCUUAGCUCUUAUGUUCUUUUCUUGCUAUUCCUUACUACAUUUUUACAGCUGGGGAGGUAGAAUUUUGAAUUGCAGGAGACUGGGAAGUUCUGUCGUACUUUUUUCAGCAACAUCUGUCACUUUAGACUGAAAUGAAUGCCAAGAUCAUGUGUUUUUUCCCAAUAAGAGACAAGAGUGCCCAGGGAAGGCUUACAGGUGUUUUAGUUUUAACAAGGACAUUCUUAAAACAGAACAGUGACAAGGAAUUUAAUGAGACAAAACUUUGAAGGACUAGAAAAGCAAGUUUCAAGAAGGUAAGGAGUGACAGCAUAUAGCAUAUUGUAGAAAUCUGUCACUAUGUCAUCUUCAUUUAUGUAUUGUUGUAAUGCCUUUUGCCUGGUUUGCUGGAGAGAACAAGCCCCAGUCCUGCGUGUUUCAUCAGUUAUUUGGUUGUUUUUGUCAGCUGUAGCAUUCAUCUGUCAAAAACGAGUGCUUCCUUCUCCCUCCACCAAAGCUCCUCUGGUGGAACCUGGAGCUGUACUGGCGAGUCUGAUGGAGCUGGAUCCAGCAGGAGAGCUGUGUGCCAUUAAAGAGCUAUCACGUUUCACUUGAGCUGACUUUUUUU